UUGUUUGUAACGCAGGAACAGGACCAGUGCUGACACAGCUUCUUGUCUUCUCUCCCUAAAAAAACCGCACCCCCGCAGAUCCUCAAAGCACAAAGCCAGUGACAAAGAGAGUGAUUAGUGUUUGCAGAAUGGCGUUUAGUUUGGAGGAGAAGGACUUUGUGUCAUGCUGUGGGAGCACCAAAUUCGCCAAGGACAUGGCUUCAGCCUCUCCUUUCGGUUCGUUGCAGCACGCUGUUUCCGUUGCCAGGGACGUUUGGUUCAACCGCGUCGAUGUCAACGGUUGCCUUCAGGCCUUCUCUGCGCACCCUCAGAUCGGUCAAACCCACUCUCCCUCUGUUGCCUCUCAAGCCAGUGCUCAGUGGAGUAAGGGAGAGCAAUCAACUGCUUUAGCAACUGCUACUGGUUCUAGCUUACAGGAACUAUUUGAAUGGAAUGCUCGGUACAGGGAAAAGUUUGGGUUUGUAUUUCUCAUUUGUGCAUCUGGGAGAAGUACUGAUGAGAUACUUUCUGAACUGAAGAGACGUUAUACAAACAGGCCAAUUGUUGAAUUUGAGAUUGCUGCUCAGGAGCAAAUGAAAAUUACAGAACUGCGCCUUGCAAAGCUCUUUUCAAGUAGAGAAGACAUUUCUUCUACAGCUGAUAAGUAUUCCACUGCUAAAAAGGCAGAAGAAGAUCGUGUAAGCAUCAUCGGCGCCCAUGUGACUGCUGCUUCAGAGAGUUCAACAGGAAAACCAAUUCAACAUCCUGCUAGAACCCGACCUCCCAUUACCACUCAUGUGUUGGAUGUUUCACGAGGCUCUCCGGCCGCUGGUAUUGAAGUACUUCUGGAGGUGUGGAGGGGCUUUCAGUCUCGGCCAACAUUUGGGGCCGAAGGUGGUGGCAGUUGGGUGCUUCAAGGAUCUUCAAAAACGGAUUUAGACGGCCGCAGUGGUCAGCUGUUGAGCAUAGUUGAUGAUGUUAGUCCAGGGAUAUACAGGAUAAGUUUCAACACAGGGAAGUACAACCCAAGUUGUUUCUUCCCUCAUGUGUCUAUAGUGUUUGAAAUCAAGGAAUCACAAAAGAGGGAACAUUUUCAUGUUCCUCUCCUGCUUUCACCAUUCUCAUUCAGCACUUACCGUGGAAGCUAGGAAUAUGGGAACGGUUACCAAAUGAAGGUCAAGGAUUUUUGGCAUGAAUUUCUGAAGAUUUGAUGAGGUUGUGUUUGUGGCUAUAGAACAUGGUAUGAAAGGUACCAAAUAUAGAAAGGUACUUGGUGUAUUAUUGUCUACUUGAUGUACGAUAAAUCAGUACUUUUGAAGUAAUAAUUGAGAAAUGACUUCAAUAUAAUAGCACACUUAGUGCAUGAGCAA